GAUGACUACGUGCCUUUAUGUGCUGUGCACAGCGGCAGCGCAUAAAAAUGCAGCGGUAUGACAAAGAAGGGAUGUAGAAAAACACACCAGAGAAUGACAAUUCAAUGAUGCGUCAGGAUAUGUUGCCCGACCGGUUCCGCGGGCUGGUACAUACCUCGUUUAUUCCUUGUUUGGACGGUUUCUUUUAUAUGCAUCAAUCUGUUGGCUGAUGCUGUAUGUCAGGAUUGUGAGAAAAUGUGGCUUGUAAAGAUAACCAGCCGGUCUGCAUGUCUCUCUUUUGUGCUCGACUGUUCGUGAUACCCUGCAUCUUUGGACAAAAGGGACAUUUUGGAUUUGUUUUUAAUCUGUUGUGCUUCUGGGAUGGACUCGCCAGCCAGCCCGCUUACUGGCUAAGUAAAUAGCCUACACGUGAAACCAAUUGCAGACCAUCUCUGGUCCGAUAUGACCCGUAGGCUACUCUCCUCUGAAAAUGAUGAUUUUUUAGAGUGACUUUUUUUUGGUAUGAUAUAAUCUGACUGGGAUAUUAUUUUCCGCGGAAUUGCCUAUAUGGGUCGAUUAUAUGCUGCCGUCUGUAAAGAUCUGCUGUAGGUUUUGCGCUCAGACAUGUUCGGAUCGAGUGUGAAGUGCAGAUGGAGUUUCACUCUCUCCAUGGUUUUAUCAGUCUGUAGUGUAUUCAUUUUCUGUGAAUAUUUGAUAUACUUUCCGGCAAUUAUGCAAUGUUCGUGGCCCGAAAUGAAGAACGACAAAAUCUCUCAGUCACCUUUACGGACUUUGUUUUUAUCGGAUACACAUCUUUUGGGAGCCAUAAAGGGCCACUGGUUCGACAAACUGAGACGAGAGUGGCAGAUGGAGCGAGCAUUCCAGACAGCCCUGUGGAUCCUGAAGCCGGAGAUCAUCUUCAUUUUGGGAGACAUCUUUGAUGAGGGGAAGUGGAGUUCCACCAAGGACUGGGAGGAUGACGUGAGGCGUUUCAAACAGAUCUUCCGACACCCGAGUGACACCGAGCUCGUUGUCAUCAUCGGUAACCAUGACAUCGGCUUCCACCAUGAAAUGACCUGGCACAAACUCCAACGCUUUGAGCAGGUGUUCAACGUCACCUCUGCGAGGAUUCUCAGCCGCAGAGGAGUGAACUUCGUGUUGGUAAAUAGCAUGGCGCUGCACGGUGAUCACUGUCCCAUCUGCCGGAGUGUGGAGAACGAGCUCCAUAGGCUCUCGACAGCGCUCAACUGCUCCAUGCAGGAGCAUCAAUCGGAGAGCAUGAAGAGGCGUUGCCAGGAGACGCAAACGUUCCCUGCAACCCUGCCCAUCAUAUUGCAGCAUUACCCUCUGUACAGAGAGAGUGAUGCAGAAUGCACAGGACUGGAUGCUGCUCCCCUGGAAGAGCGCCACCAGCUGUUUCAAGAGCGCUAUGACGUGCUCUCCCAAGAGGCUUCCCAGAGGCUGCUGUGGUGGUUCCAGCCCCGCCUCAUUCUCAGCGGUCACACUCACAGUGCCUGUGAGGUUGUCCAUGACGACAAGGUGCCGGAGAUCAGUGUUCCAUCCUUCAGCUGGAGGAACCGAAACAACCCCAGCUUCAUCCUGGGGACGUUCUCGCCGACGGACCACCGUCUCUCCAAGUGUUUCCUGCCGGAGGAGAGCAGCGUGAUCGCCCUCUACUGUGGCAGCGCCAUGGCACUGCUGCUGCUGGCGCUCGGCCACUUCCACCUGUUCAGGAGCGCGCUCAACCUCAGCAGCCUCAUAGACAAGCACAAGCCCCUGUGAGCUCCCCCUCCACCACUGCAUACCAGAAGCCCGAUGGAGGAGUUCAAACCUCUGUGAUAUCCUCCCUGAGUCCAUACCAGAAGCCUGAUGGACUGUGAUAUCCUCCCUGAGUCCAUACCAGACGCCUGAUGGAGGAGUUCAAACCUCUGUGAUAUCCUCCCUGACUCCAUACCAGACACCUGAUGGAGGAGUUCAAACCUCUGUGAUAUCCUCCCUGAGUCCAUACCAGAAGCCUGAUGGACUGUGAUAUCCUCCCUGACUCCAUACCAGAAGCCUGUUGGUGGAGCGCAAACUUCUGUGAUAUCCUCCCUGAAUCGAUAUGAAAAGGCAGUUGGGGGGAAGCACAAGCCCCUGCCCCCUGCCCUCCAUCCUUGAUGAGUCCCUGUGAUGCCUCUCCCCCUCCAUCCCUCCCUGACUCCAUACAAUAAGCGUGAUGGAGGAGUACAAGUCCCAUGGACACCCUCAGAAAUCCCACUGAGAUGCCCAAUGGGGUGCACAAACCCGUGACAUCCUCCCCGACUCCAUAUGAAAAGGCUGUUGGGGAAAAACACAAGCCCCUGACCUGGCUCCCCCCUGCAAUGCCCCUCCCCCAUCAUCCCUCCCUGACUCCAGAUGAAAAGGCUAUUUGGGGAAGCAGAAGCUCCUGUGAGCUCCUCCCUGACCUUCGGAAUGCUCUGACUAAGAUGACCUUUUCGCUGUUUUGGGAUGCCCAUGUCCGUGGGAGUAGCACAAACCCCACGUAGCGCGUAUCCCAACUGCUUAAAGUAGACUGGACUGGCUACCAUCGCUUCAGUAUAGAGAUGAGAAGAUGAGAACCUCAGCCGCCCAUCACUGACUCUUACAGUCAUUUCCUGUGCAUUAGCCGCAUUGUGUAUAAGCCGCAGGACAGUGUUUCAUGCAAGUUAGAAGACACAAAACCAUAUUAAUAAUACCAUAUUAACUGCCUCUGUAUAUUAACCUCAUACCUGAAGAAAUUUAGCAAAAUCAAAGUAAGUAAGCCACGGCUAAUAGUUGGGAAAUUACGGUAGUACACUUGCAUGAAAUGACUUAAAUGAAAUGUAGUCUUUUCAGGGGCUGAUGGGGGAAGCAAACAUCCUCUCUAGCCCCUCACCUACUCAGACUGAAACAGCCUGUUCUGUAGCGUGAUGGAACUUUAAACUUCAGCCUCCAGAUGGAGAUGGUCAGUCAGCUCCACCCUGUAACCCCUCCACCCACAGCACAGAGUGGAGCUGUAACUCCUCCACCCACAGCACAGGGUGGAGCUGCAGCGCUAAGGCAUUAGCGCUUGUUUCAUGCUUCAUUUGCACCUUUAAAACAUUGCAGCGUAUGCAUGCACAGACCACACAAGCUGCGCUUUUGUAACUCAUGCUGCACAUAAGUUUAUGGGAAGGUCGAGAAAAAGUAUUGCGUAAAAACAAGGGAGGAGAAGUGUUAGGAGUGAGUGAUUGAUUAGAUAUUCCGGCUGCGGCACACGUAUGAAAACAGCACACCUAGACUUGACUGUGAAUCCUUUCCACCUUUUAAAAGCAGAUGUAAUCCAGAUUGCAGUUAAAUGCCGUAGAACUAGUCGUCAGAGCACCAGUGCUUCUUUAAACCAUGUCAAAAGGAACUUUUACGGUCACCUUUUCACAUCAUGCACUUUCCAAGGCUAUGCCUGCUGGAUCAUUAUGUUUAUGUUGAUGUUUUUAAGCAGAUGCUGAGGUCCAAAGCAACGUAGGCCUACAAUCAUAACAUACAUGGUCAUAAACAAUUAACAGUUUAAAGUGGUGAUAGACCUGUAGCCUAGACCUACAUCAAAGCCCAUUGAUGUCCAUUUCCGAAGCCCAGCAACGUGUUAUUUCUUUAAAACUGAGUAAACAACUGCAUUUAUAGCCCUUGCUUACAAGAAAGAUGUGUUUGCUGCACUUCUGAAAACUAUUUGGUUUAGAUUUGAAUGCACCAAUUUAAGUUGCAUUUCACUGCUGGUUACGUCCCUGGAAGUUAUUAAUACAGCUGUCAAUCAAUGAGAUCCUUUCCAGACUGACCCGCUGAGCAAGUUCAUAUUUAUUAACAGGUUAGUCGGGGUGUACCUCAGCAGCCUGGCGUUGAAACAAAAGUCCAUGGGUGCCUUUCAACAUCUCUCCUCGAUCCUCGUUCUCACUAAUCUAUAACUAACACCGGAUAGACUAUAUCCAUUGUUGCCGACCCAUCAUUCUUUAUGUAGAUCAGUGAGGACGAGGACCGAGGAAGGGAGGAUGUAUAAAAGACGAAUGAGAGGCACCCCAUGUGUCCUGUGGUUUGGUGACACGAUCCAUGUACGCACAUAUUCAGACUGGGGGUGCUUACCCACUACUUCUUAGUAUUCUUAGAGUAUAUUCAUAACCGUUCAUAGAAAAACCUUAGAGCUACUGUACGUCAAAGUACUAUGGAUGAGUUCUGAUAUAACCUGGAGUUGAAUAUCUGUUUUUUAAGUUUUGUUAAGAAAUUGUUUUAUUUAUUGGAGAUUGUGUUGAAGAAACAUAUUUAAGAUUUAAACCUUAAAGUCAAAUGGGAUUUGGCUUCCUUAUGGUUUACAUUUACAUUUUUAUUUAUUUAAUUGAAAGUUGUGUUGUUGACCAAUUUGCUGAUGAAAUCAGGUUGUAAAUUUUAGUUUGAUUGGUUCAAACAUCAUACAAUAAAAUAUAUUUCUAUACAA